AGUAACAAGCCGACAAUGUGACGGAUUGUGGCAGUUUCCCGCCGAAAACUCAUCGUCGACCAUUUUGAUUAUUUCGAACACGAGUGUUGCCAGCAUAGAGAUGGCGCUGUUAUGGUGUGUGCUGGCGUGCGCGCUGACCAUUGCGCAGGCGCAGUCGAACUACGGGUCCCAAGCGAAUAAUAUCGAAUACCAGGGAGAGGGGCUCCCUGAACAAACUGUUUUAGAUGGAAAGGUUACAAAGCUCGAUGAUUUGAGUCCUGUGAUAUUCUUGAACCGAACGAAGGCUGCCCUCAACUGUGCUGCCGGGUCUAUGCAGAUCGAGUUGAAAUUCAACGAGAAGUUCUACGGCAUAGCUUAUGCGGACUUCGACCGUCAUUCGGCCUGCCAGGUCCAGGGCAAGGGAGCUCUCUCCUACAAACUCGAACUGCCUCUCAAAGGAUGUGGCACCAAACAGGAUCCUCUCCGAGUGUUCACGAACAACAUCGUGGUGAGGUUCCACCCAGGCUUGGAGAUGGAUGGAGACGAGGUCAUCACCAUCGUCUGCCGGUAUCCACCACCCAUCGUACCCAAACCUGUCUUCAAUCCCCUUAUCUUCACGCCAGAGCCAGGUCCUCUUCCUGCGAAGGCGCCUCUCGCUGGUACCCAUAUCUUGAUGAUCAUCUGUGCGAUCCUGUUCCUCACCCUGCUACUCCUGGGUCUUGGAGUUUCCUACCUGUGUCUUCGGAGACGAGCCCUCCCGGCCCCGAGGAGGUUCAUCGACGACUCCUCAGCUUCUAUUGUCAGUAGGGAGAGUAUUCAAGAAGUCAAGAUCCCCCGAGCUCAUCCCGUGUACCCGGCGGCUGCAGAGGUCGCUAGUGUGGCGUCCGACACGAUACCAUCCGACUACCCGUCGGAGACACCCAGUGAAGCUGAGCAGGCUCAUAGCAAUGCUGCCUUCAUGAUGGACGAAUCUUAUCAUAGCGAAGGCUACGGAUCAACCCGGGAGGCUAUAACACAGAACGCUCGCCUGGUAUCGGGCGCGGCGCCCGCCUUCGACGUGCGCGUGCGCGUCCAACGUCCCCCCGCACCGCCAUCCCCACUAUCCACCAUUACGCUCACCGAAACCGAUGGGGGCAGUAUACGACAAACGAUCCUCUCCGAGGAACACGAGCGCCAGGAGUCGGUUCGCACGGUAUCUCCAGUAGCCCUCCCACUACCAGCUCGGGCCUCACAGCUACCGCCUCCGGAAAGACCGCCGAGACCUCCCGCAGUCUACUCACAGGUUAACAGAGAGAAACAGGAGUGGUCGAGGCGUCCCCGGUCCAUCGUGUCCUUGAACACUGAGAUGACUGACACCCACUCAGUCACGGAAGUCACUGACAGAUCCCACGCUAGGAUGUUCCAUAUCAAGAAACCUCCUCCGCCACCUCCUGUUAUGAGGGAGCGCUUGGAGACAGAGGAACAGGAGAUGCUGAUGGAGAGCCUUGAGCCCAUUCCGGAGACACCCAUCAUGCCAGCCAGGAAACCCGAGAUCACAUCCCACGUAGUGGACGACGUGUUCCUCCGCACGAUUACAGAAAAGAAGACCAUAGAAGACAUAGAGCGCCACAAGCGCCUGGUGACGGAAUACAAACAGGUCCCCGCCCCCCCACCGCAAUUCGACGUCACCAUACGGAACCACACGGUACCUGAAGCCCAGUGGGAGAACUUCUCGGACAUCAGCUCAGCGUCAGGCAUGACGCUCACUCCGAAGAUGGAGAGGGUCCCGCUGUCGUUGCCGCCGCAAAAGUAUAUUGGCAAAGGCGGCCCCGAUCUUUUCUCCCCCGAAUUAAUCAAGCAGACAGGACAGAAUUACCAGGCACCACCAUCAGACCUUCCACUCUUACCCGAGCUACCUCCAGCUCGCAACCCGCUGUUCAGAGAUGAGGAUGACGAGGAUGUGCCAGAACCGAUACCAGCACCACCUGUGCCAAGCAACUGGAGUGUGCUUACUAGAGUCUUGAAGACUGAGGCUCAGGAUGAGGUACUAUCAGAAACGGAACGUUCAUACCGCUUGACACGCGAAGAACGUCUCCGUUGGCGUGAGCUGAUCACCCACGAGAGCACCCUCCGCCGCGAGCUGGCGCGGUCCAGCACACGCGAGGAGUUCUCCAGGGUCGCACAUGAUCAUCGGUUCGCGCCACUCUACGCCCCACCCAAGUGGGAGGUCAUUAUUCGUAUUCUGGCUCCCCCACCAGAUAAACCUAAGAACCGUUACCGCAAGAAGACAGAAUGGGACUCUCGGUCCCGGCGCAGCUCCCUGCCGACUCUGUAUGAAUACGACAGUGACGCCACCUCUCUUCGUGAUCCGCAACGCUCACGCCGCUCAUCCUACCGCAGUGACCAUGUCGAUAUGAGGUCAAUGUCAGAGAUGAUGGUGGACUAUGCGCGUGAGCAGGCUGACACUCACUCGGAGGUGUCGGCGGGCACUCAGCUCGGCAGGUACUACGACGACGACAGCGACUCCGAACAUCCCUUCCAUCAGAACCAGUCUUGGUCCCGUCACUCUUUACACCGCUCAGUGAGUCAGCCAUCGCUGGCUCGCUCAGCGACUGAAGUGGUGGAACAGUGGACAGUUCCUGAAGGAGACGUUACUCCCACUCCUGGACGCAGGAUUAGAGGUCCACAAGGAUUAACGACCUUCACAUCAUCCGAAGUGCGAACCUUCCAGGCGUCCCGAGAAUGGCGCGAAUAAAGCAAGCAAAUAAGUCAAGAAACGAAAAACAGAUGGCGUUGUACGCAAUUUUAUGUAUAUUGAAAAGAAAUGUCAGGAAUUGAUUGUAAUUUAGCAAUAUUGUAACAAAAUGUGUUUUGUAAGAAUUUUGUCUUAUGCUCAAAGUGACUCAAGUGAUAAUUGUUCACUGCCCUUUUAUUAAAUUUUCUUACAUUCCUCUAGGUUUUAAUGGAACUGUUCCGUCCUCAUGUGAUUAAUACCUACUUAUGAGAGUGGAAUAACUUGUACAUUAGAAUUUUAUUUUGUGUAAAAAUUCGUGAUAGGCAGAUUGAAGAAGUACAUGAUUUUAUAUUCCGCAUAUGAAAUUUGAUUUGAAUUCGGCGCGUCCGGGAUACAGGUAUAUUUUUUCUUUUUUGGUAUUUAAAAUAAUGAAAUGUAUACUUUUCUCUGUCCAUCGCGAUUAUAUUAUUGUACCUUUUCUGAAGAAAUAAUGAUAAUAAUUGAUUUGUAUAUCAGAGCAUAUUUCAGUUAUUUAGUGUUGCAAGUGUAUAUUUUUCGCACAAAAUUCUAUUUUCAAGUAUUUUAAGUAUAAUAAAAAUAUAAAUUGCUCUUUUUUAUUUUAAAUAAAUGUACUAAUGUACAUUUUAAACAAAAUAUACCAUUAUUUUUAAAUAACAUGGUUUAAAAUGAUCAAUUUUAGUUUAUUAAUAUAAUACAUAUAAGUAUUAAUAAAAUAAAAAUAAAAUUUUAUGAUUUACAUAACUAACAUUGUGCCAAAAUAAAUGAUUAAUGCUUCUUAAAAAAAAAACAAAUUUAUAUCUAAUUAUUUUUUUAUGUAAAUUUAAAAUUAAUUUUGCUUAAUCUUGGGAAAGAUUUUCAGCCAUUUUUCUUUUUUUAUUUUUUAACUCUGCCAAUACUAAUAUUAGUUGUAUAUAGGUAAAUAUAAGUUGAAGAUGUGUUAUACCUAGCAGUUGAGGCAAGAUGGGGCACAAUGGCGAAGAUGUUAUAAUCAACAUAGAAAACAGUGUUUUAUUAUUUAGUGUUUCAAGCAUUUUGUAAUAGAUUUACAAGCUUAUUAUUUUGCGAAUUAAGUUGAAAAUAGAUUAUUAACAUUUCAUAUUGAGCAACUGCAGUCCUGGUAAUGACACCAGGACUGCAGUUGCUCUAUUUAGGAUUUUUAAUUUGAAUUUAUUUUGUUUUUUUUUUGUUUGAAACAUCUCCUGUUUUGUCCAUAAUAUUCUUUUAAAGAACUUCUUGCCUCGAUUGCUAUGUGAGUGAGGGAUACAAAGGGCAAAGGGAUGGUGCAAAAUGUGCUCAAUAACCGGUUGUAACCAGUUUUUAUGUGAAGACAAAUUAAUGUGGAAUUUUUGAAGUUAUUCAGUUACAACUUCAAAAGGCAUUUUUUUCAAAUCAAUGCAUUAGAUCAGCAUUUUUAAUUUAAGUAAUGAACUUCAAAAGAAAAAAAAUCUAAGUGACAGUGACGUUUUGAACAAAUGUUGCCAGUAAAAAUAAAAGGUAACCAAGUGGUGCUAAGAAAAAAAUCUAAUAUUUUUUCUCUGUCAAUCGAAUUUGUUUACAUGUAAAUUUUGUAUUUACAUUGUGAAUUUGAUGUAUUUUUAAUUAAAUAUACGUACCUUAACAUUUUUA